GGAAAGAACAAACCACGGAACAACGGACGGUGUUGUCUAUUCGGCCGUUUUGUGUGUGUGCUUUUCUCCAUCACCGCCGAAAAAGUAAAAAAAAACUUCCUGCCUUGCUGGCGGAAGUAUAAAGUAGCAUUUUUGCUGCAAAUUCGGGUGUGCUUCUUUCGCUGUUAGUGUCCAAUAAACAGCUAGUUUCGUCAACAGAAAUGUGUCGCAUUUAUCGCAAUUGAACAAGCAGCUUCCGGAAGUGUCAACUUCGGUGAAAGUUUGUGUCACUGGGCCUUUGCCGCUAAAUUUGCAAUAUUUGAUUCCCGCUCCUAGAUAUUGGGUAACCAAGCAGGUUAGCAUUCCUGGGGAGAAAAUACUUCGAAGCCUUACGACGAUCAAAGAGAAGCAAUUCUCGACCGAAAGUAACCUGCAAGAUGGAUGCUUUGCCGGGAUUCGCACGUAUUAGUAAAAACAAACCGAUCGUGAUUUGUAGCUAGCCGCGUUUUUUAUCGGACGAGAGAACGGGAAUCCUCUUUAGGUGGUUGUAGAGAAAGUAAAAUAGUGCAAAUAACCAAUUAUUAUUUUCGGGUUAUCUAAACGAGAAAAUCGCGUGUGAGUGGCGUACCCUAAAAGAACCCACAAAGAGAAGAUAGUUGCUGGUUACUAGUUAUCAUCACCAGUCUCGAUUUUUGAGUAGUUUGCGCGUACACAUUCAAGUGAUAAAACACAGUAAUAUAGCAGAACUCAUAUAGAACACUCCGUCGGUUGCAGCUGAAUUUUUCGACACCCAGGAUGGUCAAGGAGAAGCCGAAUUCAACUCGAAUCUACGACAAGGAUGGGUACCGCCGACGAGCUGCCUGCAUCUGCGUGCGAUCGGAGGCGGAAGCAGAGGUUUUAUUAGUAACAUCGUCUCGACGUCCAGAAUUAUGGAUUGUCCCGGGUGGUGGUGUCGAACCAGACGAGGAGUCCUCACUUACUGCUAGUCGUGAAGUUCUCGAGGAAGCUGGUGUAGUCGGCGAGCUAGGUAGAUGCCUGGGAAUUUUUGAAAAUACAGAACAUAUGCAUCGAACUGAGGUCUUUGUUAUGGUAGUCAACCGAGAGCUCGAAGAAUGGGAGGAUUCGAAAACCAUUGGUCGUAAACGACAGUGGUUUUCGAUUGACGAAGCUCUCACACAACUAGCAUUGCACAAGCCGACUCAACGCCAUUAUCUGCAGCAGCUGCGCAACUCGAAAAAUAACUCAUCUCUCACAGGAAACUGCAUACACGUGGUCGAGGACGACCCGGACAUUGAGCCGGAAGGAGAACCGACAGGUAUAGUCGAUGGAAACAGGACAACGCCAUCACCAUCAGGAACUACAGAUGCAGUUGAAGAAGAAAAUACCACAAUGAAACCAGAUGUACCAACCGAGAUGAGCUCUUAAAUCUUUUGUUUUUGGGUUUGUUUUGCAUCUUGAAUCAAGAAACGCUGGUAAGGAAAAGUCUAAAACCUUAUUCCACUGAAUGUUGCCUUCAUUUCCGCCCUUUUAUUGUCAACCAGGACCAAACGUCCAACGUUAUCAUCAGUCAUUUUGCACACCAGCACAACUAUAUUCAUCGCCUUGUACUCAUAUUAUUUUGAAACAAUCCAAUUUACUUCAGAGCGCAGUCUUAUGACAUUCUGUAAAUGUUGAAGUGGCCAAAUCAGUUGCAAGUUUCAACUAGAAUCUUUCGUUUGUCGCUGCAGCCAAUCUGAACUUCAUCAAAACCCAAUCAUCAACAAAAAAACUGUAGCAAUGCUUUUAUGCAGCACAAAAAUACUAAAGGCCCACUUUCGAAGAGAUCAAGCCAGAUAAAUUUUAGUUUUUUUUUUGUCAUCGUGAAGGAACACAUAUUAAACGAAUUAUGUUUUUAUAUUAAGUGUAUCCGAUAUAUUGAUAUUUUGUAACAACCCAUAAAACAUAAUACGGCCGGAGUUUUCGUACGAUUUCAACUCAGCGAAAAUCAUGGAUGGUGGUAAUCAUAACAUCAAAAUUGCAAAGGCCAGUAGAGAAAGAUUACAUUAUAGGGUGAAAUGGCACAUUUCAUGAAAAAUCUCCGUUUAUACAAACCAUAUUUGAUGAAGUUUAAAGUAAUAAAAAUAUUGAUAACACGAAACUACCUAACUAAUAACAAGAGAUGAUUAAAUGCAAACACAAGAAAAGUAACAUCCUAUUCGAUAAGUUGUAAAACUAGCGAUAUGCUGGAACAUAGAUGAAGUACAUUAAGGCUAAACAGCAGCUUCAUAACAAGGAAAAAAACUAAGAAAAACCGCACUCGCUGAGUGUGUUUUUUACAAAUGGGAUAAAGAACAUCGUGAGUUGGUUUCUAAAAUAACAACAUGAUCCCGCCUUUUUUGCACUGAUUUUAUGUUACACAAUAAAUAGAACUAGAAUGGAGUAAGCGCGUACUUCUAAUUUGCGAGCGAUGAUCAACGGGCAUAAGACGGAGUGAAGAUAUCAAAUGAAGCACAGAAACAAUGCUGUACACCAUUUCGGAGAGCUUAAAGGUCGAAGAACUGCUGAUGAAAAAUAAAGAAUAUGUGAAAUUAUGGUUGGAAAACAUUUGAAAAAAGAUAAGUCGUGCGGAAAAAAAACAACCGGAGAGUGCUGAAUAUUAGAAUUUCUAAAAUAUACUUUGAAUACUUAUACGAAUAAUACAUUAUGAUAAUUUAUUGAUAUAAAAGCGGUAUAAUGUAAUUAUUGUCAGGAGAAACCAAGUGAGGAAGAAAAAUUUCAUUAAGCAAAAAAUGCAUCAAAUGUAUUUGAAUUUAUUAAGAAAA